GCACGAAUUAUGUCAUCGUCGCUUACUCAUCGGCUUUUGCCGGCUUGUUCCAAGCCGGUUCCAAGUACUACAGUUGCAGUACAAGUGGGUGUCUGGUCUCCUGUGCAAUUGCACGAAACCAAAAGCAACUGUAUCGAUGGAUUGAUGACAAGGAAUAGCCCUCAGCGCUCAAGCUGGAUGUUCAAACAGAGGUGUUGUUGAUCUAUCAUCUAAUGAUUCCAGCCUCGCUUCCCGAUCAGACGUUUGGGCGGCGGUGGGUGGCACCAGUUACCCCUUGCUGGGCCAACCUGUGUGAAGGCCUGUUCAGUCACCGCCCCUUGGUCUCUGACGGCGUUGUCAGGUUCCUAGCCUAGAAUGCAGUAGUGCGUGACUUGAUUCAUCAGGUAUAUAUCUACGCAUCCCUUCUGCCUGGGAAGCCUCAUGGCGAUUAUCAUGGAUCCAAUCCUCUUACCAGAUUAUUCCCCUUCCAUGCCAGCACCAGAUUAUUCUUCGAUGCCUUUACCUGGAGAACAUUGCAUCCAGCGAACGCCUAGACAGACGCUGUACGAGCGUGGAAGCGUGGGGUUCAGCUACCAGGAAAAUGGCAUGUCUCUCAUGCUUCAUGGAUGUCGGGAAGAGGAAGGUGCUCCAGUCUUUGGCCUUUGCAGCACUGUUCAUGGCGAGUUCGAACCCGCCGACAGAGAAAAAAUCGUUUCUGUGUCCGCCAAGCUCCAAGGUCAUAUUUUUAUCAAAGAAGGAACGCGGGUAUCUUCUACAUUGCUUCUUUCCCAGCAACGUACAUUAUGGGAGAUGGACGACGUAGAAACUGUUUGUCCCGGCAUGCUACCACUUUCAGUGUCCUUUCCUGCAAAUUACUGGGACAAGGAAAACGAGCGUUAUAUUCGCCUGCCUCCUUCAUUCUCCAUCACGCGUCCACGCCGUGCUGCCGUUGUUUAUACGUUGAGCAUCCUCCUGCGGAAGAAAAGAGGUUCACUAUUUUGCUUAAGGACCGCAAGAGACCUGUCGAUGAAUGUUCAUCUUCGAUAUAAACCAAGAGUACGGCCACCACGACCUGCCCCCAUAUACUUUUCGUCCUUGAAACAAUGUCCAGAUGAAUGGCAAGAGGAAAUAUGGUCGAUAAAUAGCGAUUUUCUACGCAACAACGGCUCUCUUUUUAUGGCGGAGUGCUAUUUUUUCCUUCCAUCCGUAAGGGUGUUUUCCAUGGCAGAGAGCAUACCAUUCCACCUAUCGUUUUGCGGUCCGAUAUCCUGCCUACGAAGGGCGACAACUCCAGAGAAGGAUGACGAGGGGGAGCUGAUCGUUGAGCCGAUACAUGUCUUCUUAGUCCGCCAAACGACGGUGCGUGGACCAGACUCAAAAGCUGUGCAAGAAGAGAUUCUCGGAAGAGGAUCUCUGAUCGUCGGCGAUGAAGCGAGACUGGACAAGAUGCUUCCGCAGGAUGCUGUAUGUAUGAGCUGGGACGGUGAACUGCGAUGUGAUAUGUCUCUCACAUGCAGCGCGUUCAGCACGCCUAUCCUGGAGGUCAAGGAUUACAUCGUCCUGUCAUUAGUCAAUCCCCUUCGGCCAAUGAAGAUGAUGGAGGCCGACGUCCACUAUGCUGUUCCUAUACGACUCGUUACGCACCCCUGGAUCGAUAGGUCUUGACUAGAUAGGGCACGCUUCCCCUAAGUUAUGAAGGUAUUCUAAUUAUAAUAUUUACGACUCUCGUCCUAGUAUGACUUGUACCACAUAUCCAUCACUUUGUCAUGACACAGUAUCAUAAUGGUUCUUGUCUUGUGUCCUAAAACAAGCCCAC